AUGGGCGGGCGCUGGGCGGCGGCGGUGGCGGUGGUGGCGCUGCUGGUGGCGGCGGCGGGGCCGGCGGUGGGGAAGAAGGAGAAGGAGAAGAUGUGUGACAAGGGAUGGGAGUGCAGGGGGCCGAGCGUCUACUGCUGCAACGCCACCAUUAUGGAUCUCUUCCAGGUCUACCAGUUCGAGAACCUCUUCCCCAAUCGCAACGCCCCCGUGGCCCACGCCGUCGGUCUCUGGGACUACCAGGCCUUCAUCACCGCCGCGGCCCUCUUCGAGCCACUCGGCUUCGGCACCACCGGCGGCAAGCAGAUGCAGAUGAAGGAGAUCGCCGCCUUCUUCGGCCACGUCGGGAGCAAGACCUCAUGUGAGUAAUCCCUAUUCAGAAACCCUGAUUAAUCAGAUCCAGUCAGAAACCCGUAGAACCCUAAUCCUCAGAUCCUAUAUCCUCUUCUCCCCCUUCUUCCAGAAUCGACAGAUCCGCCUGAAUCUCGAUCUGGUUUCUUGCAGGUGGAUAUGGCGUCGCCACCGGCGGCCCCCUGGCUUGGGGACUCUGCUACAACCGCGAGAUGAGCCCCAGCCAGGACUACUGCGCAGAAAACUCCGACUAUCCUUGCAGCCCCGGUGUCCUAUACUACGGCCGCGGCGCUCUCCCCGUCUACUGGUACGCAUCCUUCUUCCUCCCCCUCCUUUUCUUCUUCAUCUUCAUCCUUCUUCUUCGUCUUCUUCGUCUGGUCUCUGAUUCAUCGGCUCUCAGGAACUACAACUACGGGGUCAUCGGGGAGGGAAUCAAGGCCGACCUUCUGAAUCACCCGGAGUACCUCGAGCAGAACGCCACCCUAGCCUUCCAGGCUGCGAUAUGGCGGUGGAUGACGCCGAUGAAGAAGAAGCAGCCCUCCGCUCACGACGUCUUCGUCGGCAACUGGAAGCCCACCAAGAACGACACCCUGUCGAAGAGAGUGCCCGGGUUUGGUGCCACCAUGAACGUCCUCUAUGGCGACCUGGUCUGCGGCCAGGGUUACAUCGACUCCAUGAACAACAUCAUCUCCCAUUACCAAUUCUACCUCGAUCUGAUGGGCGUCGGCCGCCAGUACUCCGGCGACAAUCUGGACUGCGCAGAGCAGCUCGCCUUCAACCCCUCCGGCAAGGACGCCACCUCCUCCUCCUGA